AUGGAGACGACCGUCGAGCGAAGGAACGAGGAGGACGAGUACCCUGAGGAAGAGAGGAAGCCCGGAGACAUCACCCCGGAGACGGCUUCCCCAGCGGAGUCCCUGGGGAAGACUUCCCCGAAGGGAUCGCUGCAAGGGAAGGAAGCCGGGAUGCACGACGUGGAGGUGAAGUUCAUGCAGAAGAGCGGCUCAAACGGAGAGGUCACGCUCGAGAAUAUCAUUCCGUUUAACGUGAGAUUGGAUUUUGAGGACGUUCGCAAUUUGAAGAGUUCAUUGUACCAUACGACGACCGUCGAGCGAAGGAACGAGGAGGACGAGUACCCUGAGGAAGAGAGGAAGCCCGGAGACAUCACCCCGGAGACGGCUUCCCCAGCGGAGUCCCUGGGGAAGACUUCCCCGAAGGAAUCGCUGCGCGUGUGGCACGAUCGUUCGGACAAUUCCCAUGGCCUCGAGUCUAGACUGGACUACCUGAGUGAUGACCUAGCAGUCGACGCCAUCUACCUGGACUCUCUCUAUGAUGGGGAGACUAGUUCCAGUCUAAGCGUGGUUGACCACGCGAAGAUAGCGCCCAUCUACGGACACGUCACCGAUUUCGAGCGAAUCAUCGAGAAAGCCCACGCUAAAGGUCUCCGUGUCCUCUUGGACUUCAUCCCCACGCACACCAGCUACCGACACGCGUGGUUCCAAGCGGCGCUCGAGCGUGACGCCAAGUACUCCAACUACUACGUGUGGACGGAGCGCGAGGUGCGGGGCGCGGCGGCGGCGCGCGAGUGGCAGACGGACGCGAAGAGAGGCGACCGCUACCACUACACGUUCAACAAGUACCUGCCCGACCUCAACCUGGGCAACGCCAACGUGCAGCAGGAGAUGGUGGGGAUUCUACGCUACUGGUUAGACAAAGGUGUGGAUGGGUUUAUCGUUCGCAAUCCGCGUUAUAUUCGAGACCUCACAGACCUGGGCAUAUCAACCACGACGACGACCGACACAUAUCAGCAGACUGCUUACACGCUGGUGAAGUCCUGGGCGAAGAUACUGGAUGAAUACACGAAGAAGACUCCCAGAGAAAGAAUUCUCAUUGUCGAGGGAGGCAACGACACGCAGAAGGACGCCAUGUUUCUCCGGGCGUCAGUCAAGGCGUCGGCCGGGGCGUCGGUCGGGGCGUCCGCAGUGCUCUACAAGCAGCUCGUCACCUCGCUCACGUACGACUGCCGCGCCACCUGCAUCGUCGACGCCGUCCACCACUGGCAGCGCCACACGGUGGCGGCCGCGGUUCGCGUCGGCUGGCAGCUGAGCGACAGCUCACACGAUCGUGCGGCUAAGAAACUCGGCAAGGAAUACGCCAAUGCUCUCAACAUGCUGUUGCUGCUGCUACCUGGUGGCGCGGUUACAUACUACGGAGAGGAAAUAGCGAUGGACGGGAGAACGAGAGCGCCCAUGCACUGGGAGAACGCACGGCCUGGCGGAGGCUUCACUAACGUGUCCCGCUCGUGGCUGCCGCUUGGUGACCUCAAACGCAACGUCAAGGAGCAACUGCACGACAAGGAAUCACAGAUGGGAAUCUACAAGCAGUUGUGUGCGCUGCGCAAAGACCCUGCGUUCCACACCGCCAACAUAACUGUGGGCCACGUCAAAGACACCUCCCUACUUUACUUCGCCCGCGUGCCAAAAGAUGGCGCCAGCUACCUGGUGGUGAUCAACCUGGGUGAGACGCGCGCGAGCCUAGAUGGGGAGGUGAAGGCGAACGGACCCGUGGUUCUACACACCGGUCAGUUCAAGAUCGGACAGAAGCUGAGCACGGCCUCUCUCGCGCUCGAUUCCGGACAGGGAGUGGUCAUCAGAAUGUGAGAGAGUGUAAUCUUAGUUCCAAGUCUGCGCCUUACAAUAGUAGAGCAACCACAUAUCCGUGUAUUCCCAAGAGUGAUGAAUGAUGAAAUUUAAAUGAGUAGGCAGGCCUUCGUUAGUUUGAGGGGAAUUUAGAAUGAUCGUGCGUUGUCAGUGUGCAUGGUAAGUGUAAACGCAGCAUAUUAAUGUGUCGUGUAGAUAGUAAUUUAUGGGGUGUGAUAGAUUAGCCGCUAUAAGAAGGAAAUUACGUCACGGUUAAUAUAUAUUUGGCCAUAAAUACUUUUGCACAUUCAGAGACGGACGCACAAUACAUUUAAUGCCACAUCAAAUUAAUUUAAGUUUACAUUUAUAUCAUGAUGUUUGUAAUUUCAAAAUACUAAUAUCUAGAAUUGUUGCUUUGGCUCAGAUAAAUUUACAGAAGAAUUUGUUUAGAUAAAUAAACACUAUCAACGAAUGGAAAUACUAGUGCACGAUAGCAAUAAUAAAUGAAUGGACCUACCAAUAAUAUGUAUAUAUGUAUCAGUAGAUGGCAUAAUGUAUUUGAUUAUAAAUGCACUACCAGAGUAAACGUUUUUUUACUACUUUCAACAUGUUCUUGCAACAUGAUAUGUUACUACGUUUUUAAUUGAAUUAUUAUUAAAAAUAUUAUAAUUUUGUUCAAUGUUUUUUCGGUCUCCCCACGCCAUCUGCAUCCGCGGACAUCUGCCUGAUUAUUUAUUAUUAAUUAUUAUUAAUGAUUAUUUAUCUGCCAUAAUAUUAUGUGACGUAGGUAUAGUACUGAACUAUUACUUACAAAAUGUUUGUAGAAUCAUAAUGGGAGACGUAUUUAUAGUUUAUAUUUAUUUUCACGGGCUGUUGCUCGAAUUGAAUCAGCUGUUUACUGGAUGUGUGUAGAUGAAUGCAUGCAGGAUAUAUAGAAUAUUGUAACUCACAAAGAAAUGAUGCCACUCGGUAACGUCAAUGAGAUUCUUGUAAGAUACAGAUAAGCAGCUCUUGUCAGAGAAGCACAGGUGCAUAAGAUCAAGAGCGUAUAAAGAAGGAGAGCGUACAACGGUGAAAUGCUGAAACCAUGUUGCAGUAUUA